CUUCGUUGCUGCCGUCUAUCCGCUGCUGCUUAAGUCAUCGUGGGAAUGAGCUGCCGCUGUAUCCUGUGCCAGAGGGACGUAAGCGCCGGCAAACAGCCGACGCACCAGGUUCAUUGGUCGCCGAGGGAUGCCACAGAAAGUAUUCAGCGACAACGCAACCAACUUUGUCGGCGCCGACCGCAAGCUGCGCGAGCUGAAGGAGGCGUUCCUAGCGCAAGCGCCAGAACUAAUGGGGUUCGCAGCCGAAGAAGGAUUCAGCUUCGGCUUUAUACCACCCAGGGCGCCGCACUUCGGCGGAUUAUGGGAGGCGGCCGUGAAGUCCGCCAAGCAUCUGCUCGUCCGCGCACUCGGCAACGCUCUACUCACGACGGAGGAGCUAUCAACACUACUGGCCGAAGUGGAGGCCAUUUUGAACUCUCGUCCCCUAGCACCGUUGGGACAGGACCCCAACGACGGAGAAGCACUAACUCCAGCGCACCUUUUAAUCGGUUGCCCUCUGCGAGCGCUGCCACCAGCACAAGUGCCAACGGACCCAAUUCGUUGCUGCGAGAGAUGGCAACUUGUUUGCUGUCUCAAGCAACAGUUUUGGCGACAGUGGUCCAAAACCUACAUGACGGGCCUUCAGGAACGCAACAAAUGGCUGCACCCCAAACGCAACCUGCAGCCAGGCGAUCUCGUCCUCGUCCACGAGGACAACGUGCCGCCACAGCAGUGGGUACUCGGACGCGUCGUCGCCGCCGUCGAAGGGCAAGACGGCAAGGUGCGAGUCGCGGAAGUCGCAACCAAGACGGGCACGAUUAAGCGCUCCAUCCACAAACUGGCUGUCCUUCCACUGGAUAUUGAAGGAAUCUGAUCCUGUCAAGGUGGCCGGUGUUGCGUCAAGCGACAAAAUAUAAUUUAAACCUAAAACUAAAAUUAAGAGAAAUGAAUUAUAAAAAAUUAUAAAUAUUGAAUUAAAUUAGUAUUGUAUACUUACCCUAAUAAUGUUAUAUAUACUUACCUUAAUCUAUUACUAUAAGUUAACAAAAUGAACUACUCACCUCUUUUUGUACAUACCUGUAUACUUCCAUUCCAACUGUUUUUUCCCGUUAGCUUUAAGAUUUAGGCUAAGUCAUUUAGUUGCUAAAAUAAAGAACUGAAUUGUUAUUUGACCGCAAUUGAAUCCGCACGCGUUUUUCUAUUUUUCGCUAUCUCGUUCGUUCGCUUAUUUUUCUUCACAGUAUCGUGAGCCAAAGUGCAGGCAAUUGGUUGAAUUUUAAUUUUAGUGAUUUCACGUGUCCCGACUAUUAUUUUUAUCUCAAAAACUCUUGAGAAAUUUCACACAC